GCGUCGGCGUCUCGUCCAGUAAUUACUUCGCGGGAAAAGAAAGUAGGCGAGUUUCGCAAACAAAAUUUAUUGAAGACAAAUUGUGCAUUUAAUUUAUCUGUUAUAAAAUUACAAUGGAGCGUUACAAACCGCUAUACAAAGAGACAGCUACGAUGUCACCAAGUAAUCGCAGUAUGUUUAACCGCGAGCGCCAACGCGCCGUACGUACAAAGCAACGAAACGAUUGUUUUCAUAGCAAUCGUAUUAUUAGUGUAAGCCCAACUCCUAGAAAACAAAAGCCAGCGGUGGCUAUAAAUCAAACGGAGAAGGAUACGGUAGCUAUAGAUCAAACGGAGAAGGAUGCGGCAGCUUCUUCUGCCUUGGCGAAUAAGGAAAACCAACCGUCUGAGACAGAGACAACAAAGGACGCAAGCGCAAACACUAAGACUAAGCUGAGACAGGAUAAAUUUAUUCAGCGCUAUCUUGCCUGGAAGGCAGCCAAAAAAAGGAAUAAAGCUCCAAAUGCGAGUUCGGAUAAGGCGCCCUUGUUGCCAACUUCAAAGCAAAACAUCUUGGCCCACAAAAGCGAUAUAUUCAAACCACCGGCAAACCUAAAAAAUCCCGUGGCAGAAGCAUCAAAGCGUCGUUCUCUAUAUGUUGUAAUUGAACCGAAGCCAAAAGAAAAGACUGGACUAUCCCAAAAAAAAACGCUUCCUGCUAAUACGUUGAAUUCCCAUGCAAAACCAACAUGUACUGCGGUUUCAAAGCCAAAGCCUUCUUCAGCAGCUUUGUCUUCAAAAGCGAAGCCUUUGUCAGCGGCUCCAGCUCCAAAAGCGAAGCCUUUGUCAGCCGCUCCAGCUCCAAAAGCGAAGCUCCCGCCAGCCGCAGUAAAAUCCGUCCCAAUAGAAGCAAAAGCAUCAACAGGUAAACAGCAACGGCCUCCUAAGGAACCAGGCACCACCUCCAGCGUUGGUCCAUCUAAGCUGAAGACGUCAUCAAAACCUGCGACUGCUAAGCCUAUUGUAACUGCCAAACCUCCGCCGCCAAAUCUAGUGACACAGCCCUUCAAAAGCAAUACAGUGGCCAGCUAUCCCAACAUAGUAAAACCCAUUCGUGGUAGAGAAGGCGGAGCCGCCGCUAAAUUUAAGACUUCGACAAACAAUGCAAAGGAAACAGGCAGCAUAAAUGGACAACCAAAAACGAAAAAGCUAAGCGUUCGUAUGAAAUCCAAAAAGGGAAGUGUAGUCACCAAAAAGAAGACACAACUUAUGCUACCACAAAUAAGAAACGAACAAAUGCCAGAAAAUACAUUGUCUGCUCCUCCAGACACCCCAUUUGAAAGCGACAAUCCCUUCCAAGAUCGUGCAACUUCUACGCAAAUCAAAUCGAACAGCGGCUUCCAAAAUCUUUUUGCCAGCUUUAAAGAAAUUGAGGGCAUCAGUCCAGUGGCUAGAAUUGAGCGAGCACGCAGCAUAGAAUCCUCUGCCAAACGUCAGCUCUUGCCCUCACAGGAACAGCAGCAGCUACAAAAUACCAAACGGAAAUUUAAUUUUACGCGUUACUCUGGAGCUCCCAUUGUGGAAUCACCAGCAGCAGUCGAUGAGCCAACUCUGCAGGCUGGGUCACCGCCAAAAGACAGCAAGACAGCUGCGGAGGAGAAGACGUUACUGCCACAGACGCCACCGCGUACUUCGCUUUGUGAGCCGAACUAUUUGAGCCCCUUUGUAAGUGUUUCCCGAGGUAAGGUGAAUUCUCGAAGUGAGCGCGAGAAGCGCAACAGUAUGUAUCUGCCAGAUCAGGAGACGCCGUCAGACCAAUCAGAGGUACCGGUUGCUGUGCGUCGAGCUCUUGAGACUGUCGGCUACUUUCGCAUUCAAUUGGAUAAUGAGACGAAACGCUUGCAUGCUUUGUGUGACGAAUGGGAGACAUAUAAGAGUGAUCAUGAGGUACAGCUUGCGGAGAGCGGUGGUAUGGAUAUGAUCAAUGCCGCGAUUGGGCAAACUAAACUGCUGACAAGCAAAAAACUGAUGCAAUUUAGAAGUCUAAUCGAUCGCUGUGAAGCAGGAGCCACGGGUGUGGGUGCGCGUCCGGAUGAUGGCAGCGAAGACACAAAACCAGUGCAACCUGAGGACUUAGAGGGAUGGUGGGACAUGGUGCGAUUGCAGAGCGAUAAUGUGGACAAGCGAUUCCAAAACUUGCAGCUUUGGAAAGCCAAUGGGUGGACGGAUCCAGAUGCCAUUCCCACACCGGUGGUCAAGCCUAAAGCGAAAGUAAAGUUGGCAAAGCAAUCGAAAGCAAAAUCCAGCACAAAACCAAGCAGUAAUAUAAAGCAAUUUCUACUUAAAGCUUAUGCCGAAAGGCGCAAGCAGCAUACCAAUGGAACUAAAGAACAUCUCACAGCUGGAGUAAAUGAUAAAGAAGCGGAUAAUACAGUUUCCUCAGAUACGCUCUCGAACAGACGAUCCCAACGUCUUUCCGAAGGCGAUCGCUUGAUCAUAGUCCGCGACCGCAGGUCCUUCUCGCCUUCACCCACUGUGCUCAAAAUGUCAAACGGACGUCGUGCUUCAAUGGCAACUGGCGGUAAAGCUUUACUGAAAACCACUCUAAAAGCGUCAAUGGAGCAAACAAAACAUUCAGUUGUCUCGACACCUCCAUCAACGCCUGCGCCAGUGCCUAUACUUAAGACGCCGGGUACUGCGAAACGCGAACGCGGAUUACGCAGUGUUAUAUUUAGUGCCAAAAAGAAGGUUCGCAAAUUUCAGUUUACAUUUGAUGAGGCCAACGAUAAUUCAAGUGGCGAAGAUGCGCUCACAGGCGGCGACCAAUUGGAGGAUUUUGAGGAGGAAAUGUCUCUAGAAGGCGCGAAUCACCGGAACUCCACAGACCAAGCGCAACAGAGUCAAGAGGGAAAUGGAAUUGAUGUAAAUACAUCGCGUACAUAUUCGCUCCGCAAUCGCAAUAUAAAAUUGCGCCCAUCAUCAGAGUUUAUGUAAAAUUAGUUUUUUGUUAAAGAUUUGUAAUUAAUUAUUUCUCUCGUUCAUGUUCUUUAUUUUGAUAUUGAAUUGGCAUUUUUAAAAAUAAAUAUUUUUAAAUGUAAAAA